AUGGCGAAGUACGUGGUCGGCGUGGAUGGCGGAACCGGCGGCAUCCGCGCGGGUCUCUUCGAGAUCGCCACGGGUGAACCCGUCGGAUUCGCCGAUACCCCCUACGAGACCAGGUACCCCCAGCCCGGAUGGGCGGAGCAGGAUCCGAACGACUGGUGGGUCGGGAUGGGAUCGUCCGUUCGCAAGGUGCUCGCGGACGCCGGCGUCGCCGCCGCUGACGUGGCGGGAAUCUGCUGCGACACCACGUGUUGCACCGUGGUCGCGCUGGACGACGCGGGCGACCCGCUCAUGCCGUGUAUCCUGUGGAUGGACAUGCGCGCCGCGGAGCAGACCGAGCAGGUGCUCGCCACCGGCGACGUCGCGCUCCGCGUCAACAGCGACGGAGCCGGGCCCGUCAGCGCCGAGUGGAUGGUCCCGAAGGCGCUCUGGCUCAAGCAGAACCGGCCCGAGCUCUUCGCCCGCGCCGCGAAGGUGUGCGAGUACCAGGAUUACGUCAACCUCAAGCUCACCGGGCGGUACUGCGCGUCCGCGAACAACGUCGCCGUGCGAUGGCACUUCGUCGACGGCAAACCCCCUACGACCCUGCUCGCGAAGCUCGGCAUGCCGGAGCUCGCGGAGAAGUGGCCGAAGGACGUCGUGCAGAUGGGCCACGCGGUGGCGCCGCUGUCGGAGGCGGCCGCGGCGCACCUGGGCCUCGACGCCGGCAUCCCGGUGGCGCAGGGCGGCGCCGAUGCCUUCGUCGCGAUGGUCGGCCUCGGGACCGUUCGACCCGGUCAACUCGCGCUCAUCACCGGCUCCUCUCACCUCCACCUCGGGGUGACCGAGGGCGAGUUCCACGGCCGGGGGAUAUGGGGCACGUACUCCGGCGCGCUGGUCGGGGAACGCAGCCACGUGGUCGAGGGAGGACAGACGUCGACGGGCUCGGUGGUGAACUGGUUCAAGACGAUGUGCGGCGGGCGCGAGGGUUUCUACGACGAGGUCAACGCCGCCGCGGCGCUGAUCCCGCCCGGGUGCGAGGGCCUCGUGAUGCAGGAGCACCUGCAGGGGAAUAGAACCCCGCACGUGGACCCGCUGUCGCGCGGCGUCGUCUCCGGUCUCACGCUGCGACACGGGCGGGCGCACGUGUACCGUUCCAUCCUGGAGGGAAUCUCCUUCGGCACGAGGCUCAUCUUCGACGCGAUGCGCGCGAACGGAUACCUCCCCGCCGCCGUCGUCGUCGCCGGAGGCGCGACGCGAUCGGACCUCUGGCUGCAGAUCCACGCGGACGUCGCGGGGAUCCCGUUCAAGCGAACCAAAUGCGCCGACGCCCCCGCGCUCGGCUCCGCUAUCCUCGCCGCCGUCGCCGCGGGAGCGCACGGCGGCGACGUGUUCACCGCGGUCGACGCGAUGGUGCACGAGGAGGGAGUGGUCAUGCCUCGACCCGAAGUGCACGCGUUGUACGCGAAGCCGUACGCCGCGUACAAGGCGACGUACGCCGCGACGAAGCAGCUCAUCCGACGGCAGGGCAAGUCCGCGGAGGGCGUCAAUCCCGCGCCGAGGGCAAACAGUCUCGGGGACACCUCCCCGGGCCCUCGCGCCACCGUGUGCCCGUCGUUGCUGUCCGCGGACCAGGGUAACCUCGCGGGGGACGUGUCAAGGAUGAUCGCGGAGGGAGCGGACUGGCUCCACGUGGACAUCAUGGACGGCCACUUUGUCCCGAACUUGACAAUCGGGCCGCCGGUGGUGGCGCACCUCAGGUCGCAGGCGCCCGAGGCGUUCCUGGACUGCCACCUGUCCUGCACCAACCCCGACGCGCUGAUCGACGGCCUCGCCGUCGUCAAGGCCUCGUCGGUGACCUUUCACUUCGAGGUGAUGGAGGACGCCGCCGCGUGCGCCCACCUCGCCGGAAGGAUCCGCUCGCUCGGCAUGCGGGCCGCCGUUGCGCUCAAACCCGGCACUCCGAUCGAAUCCGUCUACCCGCUCGUGGACGCGUCCCCUCCCGCGGUGGACAUGGUCCUGUGCCUGAGCGUCGAGCCGGGUUUCGGCGGCCAAAAGUUCAACCCCGAGGUGUGCGCGAAGGUGAGGACGCUGCGGCGUCGGUGCCCGGACCUCGACAUUCAGAUGGACGGCGGGGUGAACACGGACACGGUGGGCGCAGCCGCCGCGGCGGGAGCGAACGUGCUGGUGGCCGGGAGCGCGGUGUUCGGCUCGCCCGAACCCUCGCGAGUCAUCGCGGAUCUGAGGCGCGCGGUGGUGGAGGCGAAAGCCGAGAAACCGUGGUUGGAGGAGUAA